AUGACAGCCAUCAGGCUGUUGAAGCGUGCAAAGAAGCGCCACGAAGAGGACAAGGCAAGGCAGAACCCAGACACGAGCACCGCCCCGCCAGUGAGCACUCGCGAAAGGGGCCUGUCCAUGCCACUGUCAGCGCUGACAGGCGACCAUCCAGACUCUCCAACUGCGUCUGUGAAGUCCAUAGGAGGCGGCAGCUCCAUGCUGUCAUUCAGCCAAACAUCUGCAAUGUACAAGCGAGUUGGCUCAAGGCGGGGCCCUGGAUCUACACUAGGCCUCAAGGAACUCGUCGACCCCGACUACCGGCUGUCCACAGUGUUAGAAAAGUUGGCCUCUGAUCGCGUCCUCAGUGUCCUGGAGAGCUUCGUGAACUCUGCAGAACAAGAGUCCGCAACGCCGCGGGGCAUGAAGCAGGGCCCCAUCAGCUUCCCCAUCCUGCAGUCCAGGAUGCCCGACAGGAUGUUCCCCAUGGGCGUGGACAUGCUGGCCACAGGGGCGCCGGGCUCGCACUCGCACCGCCACCGGGCCUGA